CCUGAGCAUUCUCCACUCUCAGUGCUGCUACACUGAAUGUGACUCUCAUCAUGUACGUGAUGCAAGACAUCAUCCUGCUGCUGCUCAGCAUCAGUCUAGUUCAGAGUCGUUCUAUAAAGGCACUGGUUAAUGAGACCUCUGAUGAGACUGAUAACAGCAUUGACCGGGAUUAUUUCUCUGUAUCUGCCAUAAUUGAAAGAGCCAACAAGAAUGCUGGAAAGUUAAAGGGUGAGUUUGCCAUUGUACAUGGUGACAUAGCAGUGUACACUGGGCUCCAGAAUGCAGAUCCAUGUACUUCUCGUCAGUGCAAGUGGCGCAAGGGCAGGGAUGGGAAGGUUAAUGUGCCCUUCGUCAUUUCCAGGCAGUAUUCAUUCUUUGAAAGACGUGUUAUCCAGCGUGGGCUGAAGUCCUUUGAAAAUUCAACCUGUAUCCGAUUCAAACGUCGCACCAAUGAAGAAGACUACAUUCAUAUAAUCUCAGACACUGGGUGCUACUCUUUCGUGGGUCGCAGGGGAGGAAGGCAGGUUGUUUCCCUAGAACGCAACGGCUGUGUUUACCAUCACGUCAUACAACAUGAACUUCUCCAUGCUCUGGGAUUUCAUCAUGAGCAGACUCGUAGUGACCGUGACAAUCAUGUCAGAAUCCUCUACCAAAAUAUUAUACCUGAACAAGAGCACAAUUUUGAUAUAGUCAACACCAACAAUUUGAACACUUCAUACGACUACAAUUCUGUCAUGCACUACUCGAGGUUUUUGUUCACCAAGAACGGGGAACCAACCAUCAUCCCCAUACCAGACAAUAACGUUCCCAUUGGACGUGCCACUGAGAUGAGCCCCAAUGACAUUCUACGUGUCAACAGGCUGUACUGCAGUUAAAUGAAUCACUCAUAAUAUCGCCAGUGUAUUUCAAA